CUGGAUUGGAAUAUUUUAUUGAAGAUUAAGAAAAAAAAAACCUCUUUACAUUUUCACAUCUAGCAUAUUCAACAUUUCUAAUCCUAACAACAAUAGCAGAAAUGUCUCGAAUUUUGCUAAACCAGAGGGCUCGUCACUUGUGUUCCGCGACGUACAGGCUGGCGCCAAACAUCGGCCGGACCUUUUCAACCAUACCAACCAAACCUUUUGUGUCGCUGGUUGCGAAGCACAAUGUCAGAUCUCUUCUAGGCCCAUGUCGUCAGUACAGCACGGACCCCAACACGGAUUCCAGCCCUGAUCAGGCUACCGAGAAUCAUGUUACCGAGGAUCAAACUACCAAUGAUCAGAUCACCACUGAUGAGACUACCACCAGUGAUUCCAUACCGGGCUCGGAACAACCAGCUCAGGAAUCCAUACCAGACACAUCUCAGGGACCCCUAUCGCUUCAAGUAGAUAAUGACCAAAUCAUCUCUAUCAGUGGAGGAGGUCUUAAAUACCCUGUCAUUGUGGACCGCCACUGGCUCCGUGACUCUUGCGAGUGCAGUAUAUGCAAGGACUCUCACUCUGGCCAAAAGAAUUUCGUUACCCUUGAUGUGCCAACCGCGCUUCCCAUCAAGAAAAUCUCGAAAGAGGAGGACGAUGUGGUUGAGGUCGUUUGGGAAAACGAUUUCCUAAACUCUUCUGAUCACGUCUCUCGGUACUCAGUUGAAAAACUCACACAACCAGCAAAUCAGUACAAGCCAUUAGAUGAAAUACCUAAUAAGACCUUGUGGGACAGCGCAACUUUCGAGAAGGAACAGGUCACUGUUGACUACGAUGAAUGGGUGGCAGGUGGUGAUGGGUUCUUCUCUGGAUUGCGCCAGCUCAACCGUUACGGGCUACUUUUUCUGCGCAAUGUACCACACUCUGAGGAGUCUGUCGUCUCUAUCGCCAAUCAGAUCGGGCCUUUACAGGAAACCUUUUACGGCAGAACUUGGGAUGUGCGCUCCAAGCCGAAUGCUGAAAACAUCGCUUACACAAGUGCCUCCCUUGGAUUGCAUGCGGACUUGUUAUACACACGUGAAUCACCCCAUGUCCAGAUUCUACACUGCCUCGAAAACACGUGCGAAGGUGGUGAAUCGUUGUUUAGCGAUGGCUUGAGGGCUCGUUCCCUAAUCGCUAAAAUGACAAAGAAGAUCUAUGGGCUACUAAGUGAAUUCCGAGUCCAUUACCAAUACGUCAAUCACGGCCAUAACUACAAUAUGAUCCGCGCGGUGUUGCCCAAGGGUCCCCCGAACAGGGUCUCCAACCUAGUGUUCUGGUCUCCGCCCUUCCAGUCCACUAUCCAGAGAGUUAUAAAGUCUCAAAAGGGCAGCGAUUAUUAUCGCAGUUGGCUCAAGGCUGCCUCGGUAUUCCGCCAGCUACUGGAGGAGGAGCCCUGGGUAUACCAGUACAAGCUGCAGCCGGGAGAGUGUGUGGUGUUCGAUAACUUGCGCAUCUUGCACGGACGAAAGCAGUUCGACGAAAACUCCGGAAACAGGUGGCUUAAGGGAACAUACAUCACAGGCGACGUCUACAAAAGCAAGCUGGUCACAUCAGCCGACCAGAUGAAGGCUUUGGGCGAGGAAGAGACCCGGACCUUGAUGCAACAGGCAGAGCUUCUGAGGGAAAAGCACGAUGUCAAGAUUGAUGACAAAGUUUAGAUCUAUCUGUACUAUUGUAUCAAAACAAAGCCACGCGGCUUGUAAAUGGCUACGUGAUACCACAAGGGUUAGUACGUAUGUAUUCUUAUGUAACCUAACUGAUGAAUUACCCGGGUGUUCAUACCACUCUUCUCUCUCAUUCAAUACAGCUUCUGCAUCAAUCGUGGUAGUAGCUCGCGUUAAUCUUGUGCAUCCUA